CUUCCUUUUUACUUUUGAGCACAACGAGAUUUUCCCUCAACUUAAGUGGGAAAGAGACAGUGGUCUUCAUCUUCAAGUUGCCGAACCUUUCUCACUCUGCCAAAAGUUCAAGUUUUGUUUGAGGGUGGUGUGCUCUGUUGGUUAGAGCUGAUGGAUGCUGAUAAUGAGAAGCCUCGGCCUCCUCAACGUGCUUCAAGCGAACCCUCAAUGGACACAGACAAGAUGUACGCUGAUGAUAAUGAGCGCCCUUCAGAAGAUGAAGAUGGAGAGCCCUCAAUGAGCCCUUCUGGAGAUGGAGAUCCCUCAAUGGGCACAGGCGAUUGGAGAUUGCCGCCACAUACGAGGCGAAAAGUUGUCUACAAGAUGAUGGAGACAUUGAAGAGGCAUCUCCCUCUCUCUACUGAAGAGGGAUUACGGGUGCUCAAGAAUAUUGCUGUAAGGUUUGAGGAAAAGAUUUAUGCUAAGGCCACAAGCCAGUCGGAUUACAUACAGAAGAUUAGUCUGAAGAUGCUAACAACGCAGCCCAAGUCUCAUAACACAAUGGCCAAUUCUUUACAGUCCAACGCUUAUGAAUCAUUUUUGGCUGAGUUGGUUUCGAUUUUUCUUGAUCAAAGUUCUGAAGGUAAUAUUGACCCAAAAAAACAAAGUUCUGAAGGAUCAUCUUUUACUGAAUUGGGUCCGAUUUUUCUUCAUCAAAGUUCUGAAGGUAAUAUCGAGCACAAAAAAAAAAGUUCUGAAGGAUCACUUUUGACUGGAUUGGUUCCCACUUUUCUUGAUCAAAGUUCUGAAGAUAAUAUUGACCUGAAAAAAAAAAGUUCUGAAGUACCAACUCUAGAUUCUAUAUCCCCGACAAGACAUGCAAAUGGGGAUGACUGGCAAGAGGAGGUCUAUCAAAAGAUCAAAGUCAUGAAGGAGAUGUAUUUACCUGAACUAAGUGAAAUGUAUCAGAGAUUUGCUAGUUAUCUUCUGCAGCACAAUUCUCUUCCACAACCACCAAAAUCAAAGCAGCUUGACAAACUGAAUUUCUUCAAGACCAAGUUGGAGCGCCUCAUAUCAGUCUUACAGAUUUCCAAAAGUAGCAUUUCACCUGGUUUGAAAGACAAGUUUGUUUCAUACGAAAAGCAGAUAGUAAAUUUUAUUAAUAUAAAUAGAAGUUGGAAGCCAGUUUCUUCUCUGCAGCAAGGGCAGCUACCCUCAUCUCGUAUGCACUCCAUGCAGCUUUCACAAUCUCACAUUACUAGAGUGCAAUCUCAUGAAAAUCAAAUAAACCCACAGAUGCUUUUAAUGAACUUACAAGGUUCUGCAGCAACAAUGCAGCAGAACAAUAUGGCCAGCUUGCAGCAAAGUUCUAUGUCUUCUUUAUCUGGAACAGCGCAGCAGAACAUGAUGUAUUGGUUGCAUCCUAGUUACAAUCUGGAUUCAGGACAAGGAAAUACACUGAACUCGUUGCAGCAGUUUGCUUUGGGCUCUCUCCUACAAAUUCCUGUCAGUGCUUCCCAACAAGCGAACAUGAAUGCCUUGUCAUCACAGAGUGGGGUUAGUAUACUGCAGAGUAUUUCAUCAGAGUGGACCUUUUUAACAGCCAGCUUUGUACUAGAGAUUUUGUCAGCUGCUUGUGAACAGUUAUCCUCCCGAAAUAAGCCUCAUUAUGCACAAGGCGGUUUGUUGUUUGCUAUUGCAGCUUUUCUGAUCUGCAUCUGGGAUCUUGCAGACAAAGUUACCAAGGACAGAAGUGUAUUGAGGAGGAGGGAAAUGCUGCGCAUCCUUCAUUAUCCAUCUCCCCGUAACACACCCUGUUUCAACUUAGCUGACUAUUAUGGUUUAGCUGGUGCCGUCUAUCAACUGUUUUCUGCAACAUUUGAGUGGUUUCAUGUCCGCAAGGGUGUUGAUAAUCCUAUAAAAUUUUCAAUUAUGCCUUUAGUAUUUCUUGUGCUUUUGGCUUGCUCUAGAGCUAGGGUUGAAAGGUAUACCAUAGAUGGGACCCUGGAAGAUAUUGUUUAAACAGAGACUCAUUUUGAGUUAUUAGGGCCCUCUCUGAGGAUAUUGAAAUUUCAACACAUUAGGCUCAUUUUUAUUCCUUUAAUCCAUGUAGUGUGGCCUUGGUGUGGGAAAUUUCAUAGAGGUUGUGUAAAUGUCAAUGUCGUUUUGUAUAGAUAUUUACAUGAGGUUGUAAAUUUAAGUUAUCUGUAGACAUUCAACUUCAGGUAACAUUAUGGUCUGUCAAUACGAGAGAGAAGACAUCAUUCCUGGAGGAAAUGGAAGCCGUUUGAAGCUUCUGUGCACAAUCUCGAAUUACUCUCAUGGAAAUCAAAUGAGCCUAGGUCCCCACAUAUAUAACCGGCAUCACCAACACAAUUACUAUCCCAUCUAGUCGUGUAUAUGAGAGCCU